AUGAAGAAGGGAAGGGCCCUGAGGAAGACAAGGGUCAGCAGUGCCCCCCCGUCCCCCAGGUGUGCUCCCCCGGAUGCCGUGGUGUGGCCCCAGUCGGUGGGGCAGGUACAGGAGCUGGCAGCUCUCUGCUACCGCUGCCGUGUCCCCAUGGUGCCCUUCGGCACCGGCACCGGCCUGGAGGGGGGCGUCAACGCCGUGCAGGGCGGCGUCUGCUUCGACCUGAGCCGCAUGGACGCCAUCGCGGAGCUGAGCCUGGAGGACUUCACGGUGGCGGUGGAGCCCGGUGUCACCCGCAAGGCCCUCAACCGCCACCUGCAUGGCACGGGACUCUGGUUCCCCGUCGACCCCGGGGCGGACGCCUCGCUGUGCGGCAUGGCGGCCACGGGGGCCUCGGGCACCAACGCCGUGCGGUACGGCACCAUGCGCCCCAACGUCCUCAACCUACGGGUGGUGCUGCCGGACGGGCGCCUCCUCCACACCGCCGGGCCCGGCCGCCAGCCCAGGAAGAGGGCGGCUGGCUACGACCUGACCUCGCUCUUCGUGGGCUCCGAGGGCACCCUGGGCUUCCUGACGCAGGCCACGCUGCGCCUGCACCCCCUGCCCGAGGCGGCCGCCGUCACCAUCGCCUCCUUCCCCAGCGUGCGGGCGGCCGUGGCUUGCACCGUCCAGGUGCUGCAAGCCGCCGUGCCCGUGGCUCGCAUCGAGUUCCUGGAUGAGGUGAUGGUGGGCGCCUGCAGCCGCUACAGCAAGAUGGAGCUGCCAGUGGCGGCCACGCUCCUCCUGGAGCUCCACGGCUCCCGGAACGGCCUGGCCGAGCAGCAGCAGCAGGCGGAGGAGAUCGUGCAGCUGAACGGCGGCUCCAGGCUGGCCUGGGCAGAGGAGCCGGAGGAGCGCGGGCGGCUGUGGGCCAUGCGCCACGACGCCUGGUACGCUGCCCUGGCCCUGCGGCCCGGCUGCCAGGGCUACUCCACGGACGUCUGCGUGCCCAUCUCCCGCCUGCCCGAGGUGGUGGUGGAGACCAAGCGGGACCUGCAGGACUCUGGCCUCACCGGCCCCAUGGUGGGACACGUAGGUGACGGCAACUUCCACUGCAUCCUCAUCUUCGACACCCAGGACCCGGAGGAGACCCGGCGUGUCCAUGCUUUCACCCAGCGCCUGGGCAGGCGGGCGCUGGCGGCGGGGGGCACCUGCACCGGGGAGCACGGCGUGGGGCUGGGCAAGCGGGCGCUGCUGCUGGAGGAGCUGGGCCAGGAGGGGCUGGACACCCUGCGCAGCAUCAAGGCGGCGCUGGACCCCCACAACCUCAUG